GCAGAGAGGUCUUGUCACAGCAAAGCGAUAACACGAGUCUGAACAAAAAAAAAUUACAGAUAACGAGCUGCUUUGCUUUGGUUUGCUGUGACCAGCAAAUCCGGGCUCUGAGACCAAAGAAAAAAAGAGACAGCCACAAGACACAGUCGCCCCGUCCGACAUCAUCAACAAACAAAAAGCCCACAAAGAGACGAACCAGCCAGCCAGCCAGCCACCAUCUUAACAGGCUGCUGAAAGAGACACACACUGAGAGAAAAGAGGCUAAUGCUUAUUUUGAUCAACAGGUUGUUAAGGUGAUGGUGGACUCUGACAGGCGUGACUGAGCACCCAAACAAGAGCCAAAAAAAUAAAGAGACCGGACAGCAAGAGGGGCAGCCUGCAGAACACCUCUUACACGGAUCUACGACAAGCCUGCUCAGACUGAAAGCUGAACUGCUGUAGGGCAUAAGAGGAGCAGCAGCCCUGCACCAAAGCUAGCUGAUGCUACGUGGAGUUUAAGGAGCUGAAAAGUUUUUGCUCCGGUGUUUCAUGGCUCUGUGUGGAGUUACGUGGACCCGGUGAAGAGAUGGAAGGAUAAUAGUCUGACACCUGGUUUCUGCUUCCCAUUACCAUGUGGAGUACAGAGGGCCAGUAGCCGGACGCUUGCUGGACGGAUCGCUGCAACGCUGGGUCGAAUCAAGCCGCUUCAAUAGAGCUGAUGCAAAGGCCAGGAGUCUGCCAUAAUGUUUAUAUAACCUGAUGAACAGCAGAGAAAUGGUGAGGAAGAAGAAUCCCCCUAUCCGGAGUGUGGGAGGUGAAGAAGAGGAGGAAGAAGAGGGAAGGAGGCCAGCAGGAGGAGAAGAGGAAGAGGAGGGAGAAGAGGAGGGGAGAGUGGGAGCGGAGGCUGAACGAAUAAACUGUCCAUCGGAACCAGAGUCCUCUGACCGGAUCAGAGGAGACGAGGAGCAGGAAGAGGAGGAGAGUGAGUGCAUAUCUUCAUCUGUCUCUCCGUCUUCUGUUAGUGACCGCUACAGCAAUGAGGAGAGAGCGGCGAGGAGAGGAGGAGGAGUAGGAGGAGGAGGAGGAGGGGGGAGAAGAGCAAAGGAAGGCGGAGUGGCGGCGUUGACUGACAGACCCGAGAGCCAGUCGGAGCCCGAGGAUGGGGAGAAAGGAGUAGAGGACGGAGAGAGGAGGGAGAGAGACAGAGGGGAGGCAGACCACCUCUCUGCUCGUCUCCUCUCUGCUCCUCACCUCCUCCUCCUCCGCAGGCAGGAAGGAGGGGAGGAGUCAACGUCGGACACCCCUCCUCUUUCCUGCAGCCCCUCUCCGAAACUCCAGGACUUCAAGUGCAACGUGUGCGGUUACGGUUACUAUGGCAACGACCCUGCCGACCUGGUGAAGCACUUUAGGAAGUAUCACCUAGGUCUGCACAACCGCACACGGCAGGAUGCUGCCCUCGACACACACAUCCUGGCCUUGCACAACAUGGCCCCCCAACACACACCUCUAGAUACACAGUCGGGGCAGGGGCAGAGGAACCAAGCCAAAGAGUUGGGGAAGACGAGAGCAGACAUACACAAUCAGCAGCACAGGACAGUGAUGAUGAACGGCACAUAUGACGUACAGGUGACGCUAGGUGGCACACUCAUUGGAAUUGGCAGGAAGACCUCGGACUGCCAGGGGAAUACCAAGUACUUUCGCUGCAAAUUCUGCAAUUUCACAUACAUGGGCAGUAAUUCCGUAGAACUUGAACAACACUUCCUGUCGUCACAUCCAAAUAAAGUCAAAACUCCGCCUACGACACCCCUUCUCGCCAAUAGUAACCUUGCAACGCAUGACAACCAGACAAAGGAGAGGAGUCAAAUCUUAGACGGGGCGGAGCGAGUAGCAGUCAGAGCUGAGGAUGACUCCUUGGUUGGGUACUCCAUUCCGGUGAGGGCGUGCCCGGAUUCAUCAGGCUGGACGGCGGAGCUGGGUCGAGGUGCUGUCCAGGCGUAUUAUUGGUGUAAAUUCUGCAGCUGGAGCUGUGAGUGGUCAGGGGGCUCUGCGAAGCUCAUAGAGCACUUUGAGCAAAGGCAUAGACAUGGCGGGGGAGGUACGAUGAGCCCAAACAACGCUAAUCCGGACAGAGAGCGUGAGAGAGGAGGGAGGAGAGAGGGAGGAGAUGUGGCGUCCAAAGGUCGCAAAGAUCUGUCAUCCAACCCGUCCGGCACCAGCCAAGGAGACCCAAACAGCAGUGACCCAGAAGCUGUGGUCACCAGUUAUAACUGCCAGUUGUGCGAUUUCCGGUACUCGAUGGCCCACAGUGCAGAUGUGAUCGUAGUUGCACCAUUACUCCUUCACUACCAGCACAACCACUCCAUCCACCGCUGCUGCAUCCAGCACUGCAUGUACUGUCCUCAGGGGCUCUGCCAGCCGCAUAAACACCUUGGGGAGGUGUCUCAUCCCUUUGCUUGUCGGAAGCCUACCUGCUCUAAAUGCUCCUCCAAGUUCCCCCAGUCCACCAAACAGCAGGAAACCAUCGCUUCAAAGCCCGCCACCACCACCUCACCCAGCACGACCCCUCCUUAUCCUCGAGGUGACCCCACUGUGAUUGCGGGAUCAACUUUUCACCCCUCUAACCCUUCCCAUCCUGUCGUCACACAAGGUGUCACCCACUUGUGUGACCAGUGUGCGUUCGCCACCACUGACAUUGACGUGUUGCUCCAACACUACGAAAGCUGCCAUACCCUGAUCAACCUGAAGGGUGCACCACCCCACGUCAAGGCUGAGGAGGAGGCUGGGGGGGAAAAGGAAGGAGGGAGAGAACGAGGAGGAGAGAGGGAGUACUCUUGUACAAAGUGUCACUUUAUCACAGAAGUGGAAGAGGAAAUUUUUCGACACUACAGGCGUGUCCAUGCGUGUUGCCGUUGCCGCCGCUGCGACUUCACAGCUUCUGAUUCAACAGCUCUCCUGGACCAUUUUAACUCCGCCCACUGCCAUGAGUCCUUGCCCUCAUUAAGCUCAUUGACAUCAACAUCCUUACCCACCUCACUGACGCCCUCAUUAACUCUCUCAACCAAUGGCUGCUCAGCUCCUUCUACCUUAGCUAUUAAGGAAGAAAGCAAGGGUGAUCUUCGCCUCCUCUACUCUCUCGCCCCACCUGAGGGACGGCUAGCCGAAGGAGGUAGAGAAGAAACAGGAGGGGUGGUGAAAAGCGAAGGAGGUGAUGAGAAGGACAGAGAACGGGAGAAAGGGUGGAUCCUUGGUGAGACGAGAGGACUGGGAGAAAGAGGGAGUGAUCAGGCUCACGGUUUACUUUGGGUGCCAAAGGAACGAAUGGGACCUGAGAGAGGACCAGGAAGUGGAAGCCCGUCUCUCUUCUCCUCCCCCCUCUCAUUGUCCUUCGUUUCAGCAAAUCAUGAAGCCUCGCAGCAGAAAAGAGGCAUUGCAUCGCCCAGCAUGGUUUACCUGGGAGACACCAAGUCCUUUUUGGGAGAUACCAAGUCCUUUUUGGGGGACGCCAAGCUGUACGGAGGAGGGAGGCCAGGAGGAGCCACUUCAGGAGGAGGCGGAGGAGAGAAGCACAUGCAGAUGACACAACAGCAAUACACAGGAGGAGGAGGAGGAGGAGGAGGAGGAGGAGGGAGCGGAGGUGGAGGAAGUGGACAGGAGGUGAAAGCAGCCAAAGAAGAGUCCCAAUCUCUGCUACGGAGGCGUAGGGGGAGUGGAGUCUUUUGUGCAAACUGUCUGACCACCAAGACGUCGCUGUGGAGGAAGAACGCUAACGGGGGCUACGUGUGUAACGCAUGCGGGUUGUACCAGAAGCUGCAUUCGACACCAAGACCUCUAAACAUCAUCAAGCAGAACAACGGCGAGCAAAUAAUCCGACGACGAACACGCAAACGGCUCAACCCUGACACGCUGUCAUCCGAAACCUCUGCUCCCAAGCAGCAACGCAUCAACAGUGAGGAGCGAAUGAAUGGGGAGGAGUCAGACAGGAGCUGUGCUUCGAUCAAAAACCAGCAGCCCUCCCCUCGCUCACGCUCACCUCGAUCCACUCAAGCCUUCCUCGCCAGUCAAACAUUGGAGAUCCACAGGCGCAUGCCUCCGCUGCUCCUCCCUUCCCAUCCCUCCUCCUCAUUGGUAGCCGAGGGCAAUGGGGGCAUCUCUGAGGGAGGGAUAACGUCAAAGAUAGAUGGAGGUAAAGGAGGAGGGGGAUCAGAAAGAGGAAGUCCAAUUGAGAAGUACAUGCGUCCAUCAAAACCUUCGAGUUAUUCCCCACCUGGUUCGCCCAUUGAAAAGUACCAGUAUCCCUUUUUCUCACUACCUUUACCCUUAACCCUCUCACCUGACUUAACUCCUGAAUCAGAUUGGCUCAGAUUCUGGAGUAAGUACAAGAUGGCCGCCUCUGGGGUUCCUGGUAGCAUUAGUAGUCUAAGCAGCCCUGGUAGCCUCGGGAAUAAUCCCCAAUAUCUUGGUGCAAUGGUGACUCCAGUACAGCAUCAUCAGCAAAGCUACACAGUGCCUUACUGUGCCUCUCCUUACUCUCCUCUCCCUCCCCCUCCAGCUCCUCCUCACUAUCCUCCUCCUCCUCUUCACUCCCAAACCUCUUCAGCAGAAAAUGAGGCUCCCCUUGAUCUUGCAAUAAGACAAAGGGAUACAAGUGCUGCAAGUGCACACAUGUCAACAAACGGUGCAGAGAGGAGAAAGCGUGAGUCACCACAUGCUGAGAGGUUGAGAGAGAACUGGAAAGGUGUCAAAGAGGAGGAGGAGAGGAUGGAUGAAGGAGGAAACCAGAGGGAGGAUAUAGGGAAGGAAGAGAAGGUUGAUUUGACUAAAAGUCAGUCCAGCGUCCCAACAAAUCGUGCAAUGGUAGAAGUGUCCACGCAGGAUGAUCUGUCCAACCGUUGCAUCCACUGUGGGAUCUACUUCCUAGAUGAAGUGAUGUAUGCCCUGCACAUGAGUUGCCACGGUGAUCAGGGACCAUACCAAUGCAGUUUUUGCCUCCAUGUGUGUGCAGAUCGCUAUGAUUUCACCACACACAUACAGAGGGGCUUGCACAGGUACGCAGAUAAAACGUCGCAAAACAGAGGACAAGUGCAAGAGGGCGUUAUUCAGAACGCCACUGUGUUGUCAGAGCGAGGCAGUCAAAAUGUGACGCCGGAGGUAGAAGAUGAAGCUGAUCACAGGGAGAUCACGGAUGAAAGCGAUGACGUUGUAGGAGACUGUCAUGAGAACGAAGCUAAAGAAGUUCUAGGUGAUGAAAGAGUGGAAAAGGAGGUAACAGAUGAAGAAGGUAAUGACAUGACAAACCAGGAACUGGGAAGCAAGACGGCAUCAGAUAGUAGCAAUGAUGUCACACAAACCCCAGAGAUGAGUGAUGCUGAUUCUAAAGACUUAGUGGAGAAUACAGAGAGUAAAUAAUCUCAUGCCUUUGACUCACACAAACCCUUAAGAACGUGAAGAAUAAGCUGUGUACCUCCUUGUUCCUGGAGGCUAGCUCAUGUCAAAGUGGACCUAACCUGGGCACUAAAUGGAACACAUCCUUAUGCUGGAAGCACUCGGCCGGCAAAUGGUCAAAAAUUAUUGCAGGAUCCUGCGACACUGCUGCAGGGACAGUAGUAUUCAACAUUCAAGAAUCCAGGCAUGCAGCUGAAAUCACCUUUUAAUAAACAGCCACUUCAUGUGCUCUCCAAAUAAGAGGAUUGGAAGCUUGACUGAAAGUUGGACUGGUCUCAUUUAGGAUGAGUUUGAGGGGCUCAGCACUUGCACAGCCACCAUACAGUAGAGCAAAAAAAAAAAUCCUGGAAGCAGAACACUUUAUCUGAAU